AUGAAGACCACAGGAGAAGCCAAUCAACUUCAAGUGUUGAUAGCGACCAUCCCCGACGUCGUGGUCAUCAGCGUGUGCCACGACAAGGGAGGAGGUCCCGACUCGACAGACACAGAAGUCGCAGCUGUAGUCAGGACAAGAAACGGCCACGCAGACUGCAAACACCGCGCCGAGAGUGCGGCAGAUUCGUGCGACGCAGCAGCAGGCCACGCCGUGAGCGUGACAGCCGCGAGUCCUCGCGACGCAGCAGCAGGCCACGCCGUGAGCGUGACAGCCGCGAGUCCUCGCGACGCAGCAGCAGGCCACGCCGUGAGCGUGACAGCCGCGAGUCCUCGCGACGCAGCAGCAGGCCACGCCGUGAGCGUGACAGCCGCGAGUCCUCGCGACGCAGCAGCAGGCCACGCCGUGAGCGUGACAGCCGCGAGUCAUCACGACGCAGCAACAGGCCGCGCCGCGAGUCCUCUCGCUGCAGAAGCAGAACACGCCGCGAGUAUGACAACCACGAGCACUCGCGCCCCAGCAGCCGGGAGCGCGUCGACCACGAAUCCACGCAUCGCAGCGGUCAAGAGCGCCGGGAACAAGACGUAA